UCAAAACAAAAACAAACAUGUCUGCCGCGUGGAACCGAAUCACCGACAGGCCAGAUACUCAGUGGCUAGCGUGGGUAGCACGUUAAAAAGCUGUAAUACUGCAUUUAAAGAACAACAUCUGAUAAGUAUAUAGUGAGUUAUGGAGCUAGCUAACGCGCCGCCAUUUGGCUAACACUCACCCAGAGAGUCGGAAGGCUAAGCUAACUAAGCUAACAAACCGAUAAAACAUUCAUUGAAUUCAUCGCCUUUCUCAGCCGUGGAAGACAUCUAGUUCUCCUUCAAGGAGGCGUCUCAUCCUGUGGAAGUUCUAAAAAGACACAACAGGACCGGUGGAACCUGUCUGGGUGGAGUGUGACAACUCAUUUUUCGGGACGGGUAAAGUACGGCUAUACUGGCCGUAUAAGAGGAGGCUGGUUUUGCGGUCCGACGUCUCAUUCUUGGAGAACCAGAUAAAAUCUCUUGCGCAUUUAAGGCAAUAGACGGUCGACCCUCCUCGAGAAGCCAUGAAGAAUGUUUUGAAAGUCUUUGACACAUUGGAGGAACUCUUCGAGCAGCACUGCGGCGAUGACGACACAAUGAGCAAGGAUGAGUUCAAGGUCCUGGUGGAGGAGGGACUCAAGGACCACAACCUUGAAGAGAAACUCGACAUAAGCGACGUGGACGAGGUUUUUGCCUCUUUGGACAAGAACUCAGACGGCCAGCUCACCUUGGCUGAGUUCCUCAGAUGCAUCGGCCUCAUAUGUGCGGCUCGCCGCAAAAGGCGAGGUCGGCUGGGCCGAGGGAAGCGAGGCAGGGGCGGCAAGGGUGGCCGGGGGAAAAAGGAUAACGGGAGCGAAGAUGAAGAAGAUGAUGAAUGAAUAUGUCGUCCAUUAGAGUGAAACAUUGAAUCAUAUAAUCAUCAACAUAAUCCUCUGGCUUCGUCUAUGUGGGAUUUAUGACCAGCAUCCAUGUUUCUUCUGUAUGCAACGUUGGCUUCUGUACGUUUAAAGAACAUGAAAAUUGAUCCUA